AUGCUCGUGCUCCUGCUGGCGCUGCUGCUGCUGCUGCUGCUCCGGGGCCCGGGGCCGGCCGACGCCUCGCUGGGCAGCGUCACCCUCGGCCCGGACCUCCCCCUGAACCAGGCCCCCGAGCCGCUGACCCUCUUCAAGGACGCAAGUGACAUCAUCCACAUGGGGAACUUCCUCGGCGGGGAGGCCCUCUCCCAGACGAUCACCCAGCGGGCCAACAUGCAGUCCUUCCUGCUGAAAAGCCACCUGAACGUGACCACGCUGGCCGACACCCGGCACGGGGUCUUCUUCAUGGCGCCGCACGACCUGCAGCUCGGCGCCAGCCCCAUGCCCUCGCCGUACAACUACCACCCGGUGAUCCUCCCCUCGGCCAGCCACUCGCCGGCAUACAUCACCAUUGGCAGCGGGCUGGCCACCCUCUGGGCCCAGCCCGAGCCUCGGCUGCUUCCCCUGGCCGGCGCGCCGGUGAUCCUGGCCGGGCAUGCCGGCGCCCCGGGCGAGGCCCAGCUCCUGACGCUGGACGACUCGGCCGGGGCCCUGAUGCCGGUGGCGGUCAUGGACUUCGGCACAGCCUCCACCACGUCGAUUGGCCGGUACCGGGGCCCGGUCAGGGCCUCGCCCGGCCAGCCCGGCACAUACUACCUCAUGAUGGCCGACCAUGUGGGCAUUGUCUGGACCGAGGGGGAUGUCGGCCACUCGGUCUUCGACCCGGCCUCGGGCCUGAGCUACCUGCUGGCCACGCGCCUUGCCACCGCGCCGCCGGCCCCGCCGGACCUGGUGCUGGUCUAUGCCGCGGCCGGGGCGGCCGAGCUGGAGGUCCGGCUUGCCUAUGACCCGCGCUUCGGGCCGGCGGCCGGCGGCCAGUCCCUCCGGGGGCCCUUCCCCGCCGGCAUCCGCGGCCAGGGGCACUUUCUCAACCCCCCGCCGACGGCCCUGCUCCAGCCGCAUCCCUUCCUGUACUAUGUCGAGCCGGGCCCCCCCUGGGGCAUCUGGCGGGUGGAGGUCACCGGCGACUCCUUCCACUGGAGGCAGCUGACGGCCCCGGCCGGCCUCGCCGGCGGCCAGGCCGCUGGCAGCCUGGCCAUGCUGCAUGUCCCCACUCCGGCCGGCCCGCGCUGGGUCCUGGCCACCCCGGACGGUGUCCUCUUCGACAAUGUGCUCUUCGGCUGCGACACCGACCCCACCAUCGAGUGCCGGGGCCCGGGGCAGCCGGCCCCGGGGCCGCUCAACUGGGUCUGCCGGCCGGGCCGGGCGCUGUCCCUCUUUGCCCGCGAGGGCCGGCUCUGCGCCGGGUGCGCCGAUGGCUUCCACCUGAGCUCGGAUGGCCUCGAUUGCCUCCCCUGCUGGAUGGCCAACUGCCAGGCCUGCAACGCGGACCAUUGCCUGGUGUGCCGCGAGGGCUGGCUCCUGGAGGGCUCCGGCCCCGGGGGGCAGACCAUCUGCGUGGAGGCCUGCUCGCCGGGCUUCCGGCCGAGCCUCCGCCAGUGCGUGCCCGCGUCCGGGGCCCCGGCCACCGGGGCCUGGCUGCAUGGCCGGGUGGAGCCCCUGCAGCCCCUCGGCCAGCACGACAUGGCUGCCUUCGCCCUGGUGGCCGAGACCCGGAUCACCGUGCGGCCCGGCAGCCUGCCGGACACCACCGAGGCCCUGCUGACGAGGGAGGCCCUGGACCGGCCGGCCGCCGGGCAGGUGCUGCUCUACGGCCCCGGGGCGCCGGGCCUGGUCUUGGACAAGGGCGACAUCGGCGCCGGGACCCAGGCCCCGGCCCUGCCCCUGCCGCCGGGCAUCCUCUACCUGCUGACCCCGAAGAUCAGCUCCUUCGUGGAGAUGGGCCCCUUUGUGGAUGCCAAUGGCCAGACGAUCCUGGUGCACUUCUUCUGCUCCGGCCAUGGGACCGGCGAUGCCUGGGUGUCGGAGGUCCGGUGCACCAUGCCCCCCGGGCCGGGGGCAUCGUGCAGCCUGGCCGGCGGCACCCGGCUAUCGGCCUUCCUCGUCGGGCGGUGUGUGCGCCUGUCGCGCGCCGACGAGCGCACCGUGGUCCUGGUCAUCACCAACGGCAUGAACAUCAUCCGGCUGGAUGCCAUGGGCCGCUUGCGGCAGCAUCCCUUCACGGACAACUUCCAGCAGCCGGAUGCCGUGGCCCUGCCCCGGGCCCGGGGCCCCGGGGCCCCGGCCCUGCCCAUGCUGGCCGAGGACUGGCUGGUCCUGCUUGAGCGCGAAGAGGCCGGGCUCUUCCCGCUGGAGCACCUCCCCCUGAAGGAUGCCCGCGGGUCGGUCCUUCGCCGGAAGGGCCUCCAUGUCCGGCUGCCGGCGAUGCGCAUCUUCAGCCUGCCGACGCCGGACCGGGCCCGGCAAUCCGGCGAGGUGGUCUUCUCCGGGGUGGACCUCCCCCCCGGCGGGCCGGCCUCCUGGCUCGCCACGCACAUGCCCCUGGGCAGCGCCCUGCAGGGCCGCACCUCCGGCCUGAGUGCCUCGCAGCUCCAGCUUGCCCAGCUGCCGGCCGCGGCCGAGGCCGCCCUCCGGCAGGACCCGACCAACUACCAGAUCCUGCCGGUGGGCCUGGGCGCCUCGCCGGGUGGCCACAUCUCCCGGCCCAGCGGGCUGGUGCUGCUGCUUCGCACGCACGUCGGCCUGGCGCCGCUCCAGUGCGACGCGGCCGGGCUGUGCCGCCUCGGGCCGGCCUCCUUCGUGGCUCUGCCGGAGCCGCUGGGCAGCCCGCUGCAGGCGACCGCCAUCCGACGCGUCGACCGGGUGGCCGCCUCGGCGGGGCCCGCGUCCGGCCGCGCCCUGGCCUCGGGCCCCGGCGGCGAUCUGCUCACCGAGCUGCUGGUCGCGGCCCCGGGCCAGGCCCCGCUGGUGGUGGCGCUGGAGGUGUCCCCCUGCCCGGAGGGCACAUUCGGCGUGACAUGCGAGCCGUGCCAUGCCCUGUGCGCCGCGUGUGUCGGGCCGCUCGCCAGCGACUGCACCCUCUGCCGGCACUUCCUGCCCAGCAUGCCGGACCGGUGCCUGGCCGCCUGCCCGGAGGGCCUGCACCCGGCCGGCCCCGGCCCCUCCGGCCAGUGUGACUGCCAUGCCGACUGCCGGGACUGCACCACCUCCGACCCGCCCCUCGGCCGGCAUGUCUGUGUCACCUGCCCCGGCGGCAUGGCCCUGCCGGAGGCCGACCCGCUGGCCGACCGCUGCCACCCCUGCCACUCGGAAUGCGGCGAGUGCCGGGCCCCGGGCGACGAGCACGCCUGCCGGACGUGCGCCCGGCCCGGGGCCGUCCUGUACCAGGGGUCCUGCCUGGACGAGUGCCCGGCCGGCAUGCUGAACCACCAGGGCCAGUGUGUCUUCUGCCCGGCCGCCUGCCGGGGCUGCCAAUCGCCGGACCGGUGCCAGGCAUGCGAGCCCGGCCACUUCCUGACCACCCAGGGCCAGUGCCACCCAUGCGCCGGGUCGUGCCUGGCCUGCGACGGCCCGGCCAGCUGCACGGCCUGCCUGCCGGGGCUGAUCUUCCUGAGCCCCGACCCGGAGGCCGGGUCGCUCUGCGGGUCCAUCUGCCCGCCGGGCGAGUUCCCCGGGCCCGGCCGGUGCACCGCGUGCGGCAGCACCUGCGUCCUGUGCGCCGGCGGGCCGGACCGGUGCCAGGUGUGCGCCCCGGGGCACCGGUGGCAGGCUGGCCCGCCGGCGGCCGGUGACACGGCCGCCUGCGUGCCCUGCCUGCCCGGCUGCCUGGCCUGCACCCCGAGCACCUGCCUGGAAUGCGCCCCGGGGCUGGUGCUCCUCCGCGGGGGCGCCUGCGCCACGGACUGCCCGGCCGGCAGCCACUCCAACGGCGAGUCGUGCCAGCCGUGCGACGUCAGCUGCGACGAGUGCGCCGGGCCCGCCGGCGACCAGUGCACCGAGUGCGCCCCGGGGCUGGACAUGGUCGCCGAGGCUGACGGCCUGUUCUCCUGCGCGUCCGGCUGCCCGGAGGGCCGGUACCGGGACACGGUGUCCGGCUCCUGCGAGGCGUGCGACCCGGCCUGCGCCACCUGCAACGGCCCCUCGGACCGGGACUGCUGGCGGUGCACCGGCGGCCUGCUGCAGGACGGCCAGUGCGUGCAGGAGUGCGCGGCCAAGCAUGCCCCGGUCGCCGGCCGGUGCCUCCCCUGCCACGCGUCGUGCGCUGCCUGCGCCGGGACCCGGAGCACCGAGUGCCUGCCGGCCUGCCCGGGCGAGCUGCUGGCCCUGCCAGCCGGGCAGUCCCCCGUGCGCUGCGUCGCCUCCUGCCCGGUGGGCUACUCGACGGCCGCCGGAGGCGGGUGCUCCCCCUGCGGCCGGCUCUGCGUCAGCUGCCCGGCCGACACGCAGGCGUCCACGCCCGGGACCCCGGCGUCGAUGGCCCUCUUCCAGAAUGAGGUGGCCAUCAUGUGGCUGCUGCGCCAGCACCCGAACAUCGUCCGGCUGUAUGGGUACGGCGACCAGCCGCCGGCCAUCGUCAUGGAGCGCUACCAGGCGGACCUCGACACGCUGCUGCACUCGGAGGUGCCGCUAGCGGGCCCGGUGCUGCUGGACAUCGUCCACCAGUGGGCCACCGGCCUGGAGGCCAUGCAUGCCCACGGGGUGGCCCACUGCGACCUGAAGCCGGCCAACAUCUUCCUCACCCAGCAGCCGGAUGGCGCCUGGCACGCGGCCCUCGGCGACCUGGGCACCUCGCGCAACCUCUCCUCCGACCGGUCCUCCACCCUGACCGUGCCGAUGCCCGAGCUGAAUGCCCUGACCGGGCGCUAUGCCGCGCCGGAGGUGAUCGCCGCCUUCCGGCGGGGCAUCAUCCUCGAGCGCGACCUCUUCCUCCCGGCGGACAUCUUCAGCGCGGCCAUCAUGCUGUGGGAGUGCCUUGGCCGCAUGGCCCCCUGGGCGGGCAACACCCUGGCGGCCAUCUUCGAGCAGGUGACCGCCGGGGGUCGGCCGGCCGCCGGCGCGGUGCCCGUCGCCCCGGAGCUGGCCCCGGUGGCGGAGCCCUUGCGCGACCUCCUCACCCUUGCCUGGGCGCAGGACCCCCUCCUGCGCCCCUCGGCCCAGGCCUUCCGCCAGCGGUGCACCAUGUGCCAGGUCACGUCCAUGGGUGGCGGCCGGUAGCCCUGGCGGCCGGUCCGGCACGCCCGCGCUCCGAGCCCGUGCAUGGCCCAGUAAUGGACUCCCAGCCUGUCCUCACGGCAGGUGGCCGGGCC